UCAAGAUGGAGGCAACUUGGACGCAAGGCUGUGUUUGGAAAUUAUAGUCAGCAAUGUGUCAAAUCUGGAACUGACUUUUCUUUCUACAGUAAUUCUGACUUCCGCUGAGUAAUUCUCGUGACCCUACUUAGUGCUAAUAAAUUAGCUAGGUUAAACUAUACGACACAAAAUGAACUCAGAUUUAGAAGAAUUGAUGCCUAGGCUUCUGCCAGUGGAAACAUCAGAUUCUGACGAUUUGGAUCUGGGUGAGACUCCCAGAAAUCCACAAGAAUAUCUCAGACAGGUUCAACGUGAAGCGUCACGUUGUCCAGAUGUUGUUGUUGCGAAGAUUGAUCCCAAAAAACUUAAUAAGAAUCCAACUGUGAAUGUCUCGUUCACAGCAUGUCAAGCAGCCCCCGAUGGCUUUUCACCGAGUUUGAAGUGGCAGCGAAAGCAAGUCAGCAACUUCUCAGAAAUAAGACAGAGUGUUCAGAAGCACAGGCAACAGUGGGGAAGAAAGGUCCUUGAUGACAAUGUGGUUAUGCCUAAAAUAGAGGAUGAGGAAGGAUGGAAAAGGUUCUGCCUGGGUGAGAGUGUUUACCUAGGCACUCAUCCUGACUCGGGAGACAGUGACGCUCCAGGUCUCAACUAUGUGAAGAUUGGGUUCCCACCUUUCCUCAGUAUUGCAAGCCGAUUAAAUCAGGCCACUAUUGAUACCGUGUUGGAGUAUUUGAUUAACUGGUUUGAAGAGAGACCAUUUGUCCCACAGCUGGGUAGGUGGCUGUAUGCAUUGUUGGCUUGCCUCGAGAAACCUCUUCUUCCCGAGGCACAUUCCCUUAUAAGACAGCUCGCCAGGCGAUGUGGGAGUGUACGUGCCAGUUUGGAGACCAAAGAUGAUGAGAGGUUGUCGGCACUUAACUUGUUGAUUUGUCUGGUUGCCAGGUACUUUGAGCAGAAUGACCUGGCAGAUAAUGACUGACUCGUUUUACGGACGAACAGAAAUGGACUUGGAUACGAUGUACUUAUGAUUUUGUACUUUAUGGCCUGAUUAGCCAGUGAAUGAGAGUUCAGAGGCCUUAUUUUUAUUCCUUUAUGACAUUUUGAAUACAUGAUCAUGUGGCACACUGUGGGGUGUCUCCAUGUGAUUACAUUAUGUGAAAUAAAAUAUUUGUAGAUACA